AUGGCCAAAUUGUUGCAAGCUCCACCCAAAUGUCUUCCCCCAGACUGGUACAUUGCAAACAAAAUGCUCUAUGCCAGUACAGAGUCUCAGAAAUCCAGUUCAGAACGUGUGACAGCUGAGAGUCAGAGGCUGGUGGACGAAACAGAAAAGACAACUCAGAAAACCCAAAGUGAUGUCAACAAGAAAAUAGAACAGAGACUGGAUGAAAUAAAAUUCUGGAAGCAAGAAUUAGUUGACAAACUUGAACAGAUUGUUAAUGAGACAGAGGUACUAUUGACUUUCAAGACCAGGCUGGAGAAAGCCUUAGAAAGCUGCAAAGAACCACUUGUCAUUGCCCAACAGUGUCUCCUGAACAGGGAGAGGCGAGUUGGGAUUGACUUGGUCCAUGAUGAAGUGGAACAGGAACUAAUCAAGGAAACUGAAGUCUUCCAAGGAGUUAUUGCUUUGCUUGAACGUACAUUGGAACAAACCAAUGAGCAAAUCAGAAUGAACCGUUCAGCAAAGUACAAACUGGAAAUGGAUCUGAGGGACAAGUUCACAGCCUUAACAAUUGAUGAUUACUGUGCUAGCUUGACAAACAACAGUCCUGAUAUCAACUAUGCUAAUAAUGAUGUGGUGAAAAUAGAAGGAAAUUCUGUGAGCCUUGAAGAGUGGAUAGAUUUUUCAAUCGUAAAUAUUGAAAAGGCUGACAAACAGAGAAACAAUUCUUUGGCACUGAGGGCACUGAUUGACUGCAUCCUCUCCCAGACAGUGAACGACGUGCGCAAGCAAUUUGAGACGGUGAAUGCUGCUUUUAGAAAUAGAGUGAAAGAGGUCAAAGAUGCAAAGCACAAGCUAGAGACACUCCUUUCAGUGGUGAUGAAUGAGACUGCCUCACAGGAGAAGAACAUUGCAGCCUUAGAGAAAGCAAUCACUGAUAAAGGAGGACCUGUUCAAGUGGCUCAAACUCGCUUGGAGGCAAGAACCCAUCGCCCCAAUGUGGAACUGUGCUGCGACACAGUGCAGCACAGGCUGAUUAGUGAAGUUCAAGAAAUUACAAACAAUAUUCAGAGAUUAAAGGACACACUGGCACAGGCUGAAGCAGAGUUGAAAGGUCUGAGCCGCCGACAGCUUUCCUUGGAGGAGGAGAUCCAGGUCAAGGAGAAUACAUUGUACAUUGAUGAAGUGCUCUGCAUGCAAAUGAGGGAAUCUAUUGCCAUUAACAACUUCUGAAGCUGU